AUGAUCACUAGAAGAUGGUUCCACCCAUCACUGAGUGGUGUGGAUGCAGAGAAGCUACUGCUGGAGUGCGGUCGCGAUGGCUAUUUCCUGGCAAGACCCAGUAUGAGCAACAAGGGAGACUUUACACUCUCUGUGCGAAGGGGUAAUGAAGUUACACACAUAAAAAUCCAGAACAAUGGUGAAUUUUUAGAUCUUUACGGCGGUGAGAAAUUUGCCACACUAUCGGAACUAGUCCAACAUUAUAUGGACAAUCAGGGUCAGCUGCGUGAGAAGAACGGAAACAUUAUUAGGUUAAAAACUCCACUAAACUGUGCAGAUCCCACAACCGAACGUUGGUACCACGGACAACUUACAGCAAAAGAAGCCGAGAGGAUGAUGUUAGAAAAUGGCAAGAACGGAUCCUUCCUCGUCAGAGAGUCUCAAAGGCAGCCUGGAGAUUUCGUUUUAUCGGUUAGGACAAGGGACCGCGUGACCCACGUGAUAAUAAGGAGGCAGGACAACAAAUAUGACGUUGGUGGGGGCGAGCAGUUCGAUGACCUCGUCAGUUUGAUAGAGCACUACCGAAACUAUCCAAUGGUGGAAACGACGGGCGAAGUUCUCCGGCUGAUCCAACCAUUCAAUGCCACCCGAAUUCAAGUGCGACACUUCCAUACGCGCGUCAAACAGCUGCAGAAGGAGAACGAGGGUCCCAUUGAGAGCAUGGCCUACAAGCAGGGCUUCUGGGAGGAGUUCGAAACGCUGCAGAUGAUGGAGAACCUGCAACUGUUCGACCGGAUGGAGGGCUCCAAACCCGAGAACAUCCGGAAGAACAGAUACAAAAACAUCAUACCGUUCGAUCACACGCGUGUCGUGCUGCGCGACAUACCGAGCGACGCACCGUCCGGUGCCGAUUACAUCAACGCUAACUACAUCCGAUGCGACAGCACGGACGCCAGUUCCGACUCCCAAGACUCGAACGGAAGCAACGAGAACUCCCCUCACUCCCGGGGUGAGGGCGCUUCGUCUAAGAACAAGGACAAGACCUCGCCCAACCACAUAAGCGUCGUCGUAACGGAAGAGAAGCCUAAGGAGAUAACGAAAGCCCAAGAGAACGGAACCCACAAGAUCGUGCCGUCGUUCAUUAUCCGACCGAACCCAAACUACGUUAACACAACCAUCCCGAAAUGCGCGGUCGCACCGGAAAACGGCGACGCCGAACACGUUUACAACAAGACGUACAUCGCGACCCAGGGUUGCCUCUCCUCGACGAUCUACCAGUUCUGGUCCAUGAUAUGGCAGGAGGACGUGCGCAUUAUAAUCAUGACCACGAAAGAGAUCGAGAGGGGGAAGGUCAAGUGCGAGCGAUACUGGCCCGACGUGAACAAGACCGAGGUCAUCAAGAAGUACACGAUUUUCAACGAAUCGGAAUCGUCAACGCAGGACUACACGCUCAGACGCUUUCUAGUGUCGAAAAAGGACGAGCCGAACGUCAAAAGGACGAUAUACCAUUUCCACUUCACCGCGUGGCCCGAUCACGGCGUCCCGUCGGAGCCUGGGCGCGUUCUGAACAUACUAUUGGACGUCAACUACAGGCUCCAGCAAAUAAUGACAGGGCAGGACCCACCAGAACAGGCGGUGGUCUGCGUUCACUGCUCCGCCGGCAUCGGAAGAACUGGCACCUUCAUAGUCAUCGACAUGAUCCUCGACCAAAUCAGAAAGGAGGGUUUCGACUGCGAAAUCGACAUUCACCGUACCGUCCAGAUGGUGAGAGACCAACGCUCCGGUAUGGUGCAGAAUGAGGCGCAAUAUAAAUUCAUCUACAUGGCGGUGCUUGAGUUUAUCGAAACGGAAAAGCAGAGGGUCGGCCUGGGCCCCGAGUCUACGCAGGACUCGCCCCGGAUGCGUACACAUCCCGUACCUUUUUUA